AUGUCAACGAAUCCCAACCCUGGCUUUGUGCCAGAAUCAUGGAGUCUGUACGGGGUCGGUGCGCUUUUCGUGGUGUUGCGACUAGUCGGAAAAGUCAAAAGGGUUGGGUUGAGGCAGCUUGAAGUCGACGAUGCGCUCAUAGCAUUUGGCUUUGGCUGGUAUACACUACUGGUCAUCGCCUUCAAUGAGAUGCUGAAAGGCCCCGGCUCCAACUUGAUGACGCCGGAAGAAGAGGCUGCUCUCACACCCGAAAUCACAGAUGGUCGAAUUCGAGGAAGCAAAUGGGUGUUUGUCUCCGAGCACGCCGAGCUGCUCACCAUCUGGACCAUGAAGGCGGCGAUGCUCGUCCUCUAUGCAAAAAUUAUCGACAAAGCACGGCAACGAAAGCUGCUCUGGGGUGUGGUCAUAUGGGUCUGUUGCGCUUUCCUCGGAGACGAAAUCGCCUUGUUCACCAUCUGUCGACCUCUCUCGCAAUAUUGGGCCGUACCACCGAACAAUGCCCAAUGUUCUACCUAUCAGUACUAUCAGAUUGUCAACGCCGUGUUCAACAUCUCCACGGAUAUCCUGAUAAUGCUCAUGGGCAUUCCCCCUGUCCUAUCAGCUCGCUUGUCUAUCCAACAGAAGCUCAUCCUCGGCAUCAUAUUUGGGAUGGGAGGUUUCGUCAUCGUCGCGGCCAUCCUGCGAGCCAUUUACUGCCUGGUCCCGUCCUUGAUCAGCUAUGUGUACAUGAACUGGUACUUCCGCGAGGCUUCGGUCGCCGUCUACGUGACCACGCUACCGGGUAUCUGGGUCUUCCUGAAAGAGGUGUUUCCCAUCAUCCAACGUCUGACAAGCCGGACACCCACCAGGCCAACCAACUCGCAGACAGCGGACCAUCAGAAGCAGAUGGCUUCGUGGCGCCAGCCUAGCAGGAACAACCACAGCCAAUUCGACUCCAAGAACGACCUCGACUUUGAUCUGGACACGUAUCCCAUCAGCAAGUCUAUGGUGACAACGGCCGACCAUGAACUCGGAAACCAACCUGUCACUUCCAGUGACAAUGGACAAGGCGACGGUGAUUCGGCGAACUCGGUUCGGUAUGAGGCUGUGGUCAAUGGAAUCAGGUGUGACAAGUCGUUUACGGUCGAAAGUAUACCGAGGACGCAGCCAUAA